AUGCAGCAGAGCUUCCCAUCAAUCGGGCCAGUGCCACCUGCACAUGCACCAGAUCCCCUCCAGCUUCAAGCUCAGGCCCAGCACGACCCGCUGGCCAUGUAUCCUCAUUCUGCUGUGGACCCCGCCACCUUACAUAUCCCGCUACCCGAUACCGCGUCACCCCCUUCUGCUGGCAUUUCAUCCAUGGAUCCUCUAAACCCUCCACAGACUGCUGCUGCUGCCUGUCCUCCUCUCCCCGGUCUUCUUUCUGAUUUCCCUCCAGCAGUCUCCUUUUCUCCCCUCGAUACCCAUCUCCCUGUCCGCCCCUUAGCGACCACAAGUCCUCCCUCCGGGGCUCAACCCGUCCUCGGUAUAUCCUCCGCAUUCCCCAUCUCCCCGACCUCCACAAUACCAGACCCAUCCACUGCUAUGAUUGCCACCUCCAAUCCUCCAUGUUCCCUCUCCGCAUCCCCUUCUAGUACCCUACUCAGUUCCGGCUCUGACGUCUCUUUCUCCUCUUUGAGCGCUGCGGCACCCCCAAUCACCCAGGAACCCUCCUUUGUCUUCCCGCCUCGAGACGCCAAUGGUUCCUGCUUGGGUGCCAGGGACACGUCUCCGGACGCACCCUCGGAUACGAGCCUCAUGGUCGUCGGGGACAUGCUUAAGACCAUUGCUCAGACGGCGCAAUCCGCGAGUGCCGCCUGUUCUCUUGGUCAGGGUUUCGAAGCAGAGGCGAGAAUAGAUGAACUCAAGAAAACUAUCAAUAUGGUAUCUGAGCUUAUUGCUGCCACUCAAAUAUCAGACCCGCCAUCGAUGUCGCGAACUUCGUCCCCAAGGCGCUACUCAGGGUAUUCGGCGGUGGGUACGAAAUGUAGCAUUUCUCCUCCCGCGCGUAACCCAGUAGUUAGCGGCCCACAAGACGUUGGCAAGCCUGUCAUGCAAUUUUCCUCCCCAGCAGGAAGCCAAGAGUCGGGCCCAUUGGACGCUCUGAGUAAUGGUGAUGGUUCUGACCUGUCGCGCAAGCGGUGCGCUUCGUCAAUGGCUGGUGAUCGGGUUCAGAAAGCUUUGAAGCGAGAACCGCAAGAGGAUACAUCUAUUCACUUUUUUACCCCUGCUACGACUGUCGGAUCUUCGUGGUCUGACGGCGUCACAACUGUACCACAGCGGAACCACCAGCACACAGUUUCAGGAAGUUCGUUUAGCAAUCUUUCCAAUUUUCAUCCUAUACCCAGCACUAGCGGAGCCCUAGGACCGAUUAUGUUCUCACAAGCUGCCUCAUUUUCAACUGCUCCUACGCAGGCACGACCCCUCACCACGACUUCAGGGAUUAGCCCACCUGUCGGUAGAGUUUCACGAUCAGGCUCGUUCACUAGCAGUUACGGUAACACCUUUGCGUUCGGCCUACCUGAGGUUCCCCGGGCUUCAGGGGCCCUAGACUUCUUGAAACCUGCUUCCCUCCCACCAGUAGCUCCAGUCCAGGGUGCCCAUAGCCCCGCGUCUUCCCAGGAAGGUGAAAACGAAAACGAUUCCGAUUUUGCAGAUCCUGCAAGCGUGCAGUCAUUUAGUCCUGAUUCAACUACUGCCCAGGCUCCCUGGCCUGCGAACGCUCUCAAUGGCCGACCGGGCACUCUGGCAACCAGGCAUUCAACGGAGAACAUACCACCAACAACUUCACAUGGGAACGAGGUCCCACAAGAGUACCGUGCGGAAGUUGAUCGUAUCUUCUUCGAGUUCUUGAACAAUAUCUGCUCAAAUUUGGAGGCUACGGACGCCAAGGGUGAACCUAUUCAUCAAACUCUGAUGGCGAAGAAGAUGCAACGGUUGGACGAAUCUCCCGACUUCCGACCAUUCAAAUUUCGUAUUCAGGCCUUUACUAAUGCGUUCCUCGAAGAGCUUGCGAAGCAAGGUUAUCCGGAAGAAAAAAUUCCCAUGAAGAAGAUACGAAACUACCUUUGGAGUCAACCUUACAUCUCCCGGUUCAAUGAAGAGGGGAAGAAGACAAAAUCAAAAGGUAACCAUAUAUGGAAUAUAGACGCAAAGAAGAAUCCAGAUGGGGGAUGGGCCUUCCGGCCCUUUUACAGAAGGCUUGCAGGCUCACCACCCAGCGUGGCCUACAUGGGUUUGCGAUGGUCUUGGGCUCCUCGUAUUUGGGAUCCCCAAGCAUCACGAGCGAACUUGAACGUUACUUAUAGUUCACCCUCUCUUCCCUCUUGGCUGUCAUGGGAGGGAGAUGUUUUGCAGGGUACCCCUACCCCGGACGCGGAGAGUUGUGAUAUCACCGUCGAAGCGCAUUUCGUGCAGGAUGGCGUCGAGGAAAGACUUACUCAGACGUUCCACCUAAAUAUCGCACCUGUUUCAACCCUGGACACAUCAUUCCCCGGGUCCCGGCGCGGUUCGAUGAAUGGUGACGUGCACAGACCUAAGCGCGUUUGCGGCCCCAACCUCACUCCUGGUAACCGUUCUGAUAAUAUAAAUACCAGGUCAUUAAGGACGCAGGCACCUGUCCUAGCCCCACCUGCGCCUCCUGUCACGACGCACGAUGCCCAGGUCAUGCAAGUGCUUGCCACGGCAGCCCACCGAGUUGCACAGGAAGCGCAAUCGCAAGUCAUUGCAUCAACCAAUAACGCGAGCGACGCUGGACAUGAGCUUCAAGCGCUGGCGAAGCAACAGCACGUGCUUACUAUGACCGCUAAGGCGUUUGACCAAGAGGUCACAGGGCAACGCACAGACGUCUCGGUACCAGAGCCCAGCGUUUUGGCAGCGGCGGCUCAGCAAGUUGUUUUUCAGGCUGCUCGCCAAGUGGCUGCUGAUCGGUCGGCAGCCGCUGUAAGUCAGAUGUCUGUUGGGCUACCACCACCACCUGCAGCCGUAACCGUCAACGAAGUUUCCGUAGCUACGCAAUCCGCUGUUGCCCAAGCAGUGGAGAUUACUGGGCCCUUAUCGAGCGAAGUAGAUGUGCUAAUAACGGCCAGUUCCCUUCUUCAACAACAGAUUCGAGCCCCAGUAAACCCACCAGUGCCGGUGCCUGACCCGUCACAACGGACACUGUCCAUGGACACUGCGGCACUACUGCAGUCAACGGGUAGCCUCCCGACGGCGUCGUUCUCCCUCGGCCUGGUUGCUCCAGUUAAUUCUACCACUAUCCCUACCGUUCCUUUGGCAGAUUUUAGCCGACUUUCGUGA